AUGGAUACUUUAAAUUUUAUAUUGCUUUUCUUGGCUACUGCAGCAAGUUAUUGUGAGUCCGCAAAUAUCUUAUAUGUGGUGCCUUUUACAUCAAAAUCUCAUUAUAUCAUGUUAAGACCCAUUGGAUUAGAAUUGGCCCGAAGGGGUCAUAAUGUUACAGUCAUCACCGGGAACAGAGAAUCUGAUCCUCCUCCAAAUUAUCGACAAGUAAUGAUUGACAAGAAAGAAAUUUGGGACAUCCUCGGAGGCGGGAGACCAAAUGUCUUUGAGAUGGUAGAAAUAUCGGCAGAAUCAUUUCACAAGCUGAUUUUUUGGGGAGGAGGUCUUGCGUUUACAGAAAUGACGCUAAAUUCAACUGAAGUGCGUGCUUUUCUAGCAGAAGAUAAUAAAUUUGAUAUUGUAAUUUCUGAACAGUUCUUCCAAGAAGCCAUGUAUGUUUUAGCAUAUAAGUACAACGCUCCUUUAGUAUUGGUGACGACAUUCGGCAAUUGUAUGAGACACAACAUUGCAACAAGGAAUCCGCUUCAGUUGGCUACUGUUAUUUCUGAAUUUUUGGACCUAAGAGAACCGACAAGUUUCAUAGCUAGAUUAAGAAAUUUUUACUUUACUAUUUACGAGUAUUUUAAUUGGAGAUUUAUUUAUUUGGAACAACAGGAAAAACUUGUCACGACUUACUUACCAGAUUUACCAAAACCAGUGCCCAGUUUAUAUGAAUUGCAACGAAAUGCUUCUUUGUUGUUGAUCAAUGGACAUUUUAGUUUUGACCCACCUACAGCAUACCUUCCUAAUGUAGUAGAAGUUGGAGGACUACAUUUGUCUAAAAGCGAUGGUCAACUACCAGAUGACCUCCAAAAAGCUUUGGACAAUGCCAAGCAUGGAGCGAUAUACAUGAACUUUGGUUCCAACGUGCGCAGUUCAGAAUUGCCAGGUGACAAAAGGAAUGCGAUCCUUAACGUGUUCAGGAAACUUAAUCAGGUUGUGUUGUGGAAGUGGGAAGAGGACAACUUGGAGAACAAACCUGACAAUCUCAUUAUUAGAAAAUGGUUACCACAAAAGGAAAUUCUUUCUCAUCCGAAUAUAAAAGUAUUUAUAUCCCACGGUGGCUUGAUAGGGACACAAGAAGCAAUCUUCAAUGGAGUUCCGAUAAUUGGCAUUCCAAUUUAUGCCGAUCAGUAUAACAAUUUGUUACAAGCUCAAUACCUCGGCUUCGGAAAAAUUCUAGAGUAUCACGACAUCAAUGAGGAAAGUUUGGGUAAAUUUUUGAACGAAGUGCUUGCCGAUGAAUCCUAUAGAGAAAAAGCUAAGGCUAUGUCGGUAAGGUUUAAAGAUAGACCAAUGAGUGCUUUAGAUACAGCUAUGUAUUGGAUUGAAUAUGUUAUAAGGAAUAAUGGUGCUCAUUACCUAAAAAAUCCUGCUUUAGAGUUAAGCUGGGUUGCCUACAGUAUGCUUGAUGUUUACGCAUUUGUGUUAGUGGUUACACUGAUAACUAUAUACAUAGUAUACAAAGUAAUUAUAAUUUUAAUGAGUUAUGUCAAGAAGAGGGAACCGAAACAGAAAAUCAAGAAAAAUUAA